UAAAAUUGAAAGAAUUCGAAGCGGAAUAUUCGAUGUCGGCGAAAAACAUACCUUUAUUUUUUCUGCCCUAAAAGAGAUCGAGCUCAUCCUCUCCUUCCUUCCUCUGCUGCGCCACUCUUUUCCUCUGCUUCACCAUCUCUUCCCCAUCGCUUCGGCGGAAGCAAUGCCGGCGUUUCCAAAACCAACGAAGCCCACCGCCGAAGAGAUCGAGCUCAUUAAAUCCGACGUAUCCUCCUUCGCUUCCUCCCUCGGGCUUUGUCUCCCUCUGUCUUCGACCUCCGGCGGCGGCGGCGGCGGUGGAGGAUUUGACGACUCCGAUUUCCGUAAAUCUGGACCUCUCAAGCCCUCGUAUAUUGACAACCAAUCUACUUUUGAUAACGGGGAAAAGGGCAAAUACUCAGAGAAAAAUUCCCGAACCAAACCCAAGGUCAAGGCCAAGGCUAAGCCCCACCCCUUACAAAUCAAUCCCUUUCAUGAUUUCGAUGAAAAAAAAUCCAAUGACCCAAAGCUUCCUCUUAUGAAAGCUACAUCGCUCUCGGGCCAUUGGUACGUUGAUGCGGAGGAGCUUGAAAGGAGGCUUUUGGGAGAUGAAGGGAAGAAAUUGCCUGUGAUGAGGAUCGAAGAGCUCAAGGAUUUGGCUGCGAAGAAGAAAGACUUGUCGGAGAGGUUGCUGGGUCAGUACUCGAGGGAGUAUGAGGCGACAAGGAAGAAGAGCGGGGAUAUGAGGCUGCUGGAGACAACUGCUAGGUCGGGUACCUCGGUGGACAAGAUAUCGGCUUUUACUUGCUUGGUGGAGGACAAUCCCAUAGCGAGUAUGAGGGCCCUCGAUUUUGUGUAAGUCCCAAUGGUAACAUCGAAGGUAGGGAAACGCUUUGCAUUUAAUGGCUGUGAAGCUUUAAAAGAGUUGUUCGUGCUAAGGUUAUUGCCAAACCGCAGGUUGAAAUGCCUCAUACAAAGACCCUUGCAUAUUUUACCAGAAAACAAGGAUGGCUACUCUCUUCUGCUUUUUUGGUAUUGGGAGGAAUGCUUGAAGCAAAGAUACGAGCGAUUUGUCAUUUCUCUUGAGGAGGCAGUGAUGGAUGUGCUACCUAGUCUUAAAGACCGAGCAAUGAAGACAGUUUAUGCUCUCUUGAAGAGCAAGCCUGAACAGGACCGAAGAUUGCUUUGUUCUUUAGUAAAUAAAUUGGGAGAUCCAGAGAAGAAGGCAGCAUCAAAUGCUGGUUAUCAAUUAUCAUGUCUCCUCUCUGAGCAUCCUAAUAUGAAGGCAACAGUUAUUAAUGAGGUGGAUUCAUUUUUGUUUAGACCACAUAUUGGACUUCGUGCAAAAUACUAUGCUGUAAACUUUUUGUGUCAAGUUCAUCUCAGUAAAAGAGGAGAUGGUCCUAAAAUAGCAAAACGCUUGGUGGAGCUCUACUUCGCACUAUUCAAGGUGCUAAUUUUUGAAUCUGGCAAUGGAAACAUGCAUGACAACAAGAUAAGUGAUGAAGGAACUGGAAAAUCCGGAAGGAAAGGUAGAAAAUUCAAGAGAAAGCAAGUUAGCUCUCUGGGAAGUAAUAAAACGGCCUUUCAAGAGACCUCCCAUGUUGAGAUGGAUUCACGACUUUUAUCUGCAUUACUAACUGGAGUUAAUAGGGCAUUUCCUUUUGUUUCAAGUGUGGAAGCUGAUGAUAUUUUAGAGGUUCAAACGCCAAUUCUUUAUAAAUUGGCCCACUCUGAGAACUUUAACGUAGGAGUUCAGGCAUUGAUGCUGUUGUAUCAGAUUACUGCUAAAAAUCAAAUUGCAAGUGACCGUUUUUAUCGCGCUUUGUAUGCUAAGCUUCUCACUCCUGCUGCUGUGAGCUCUUCUAAGCCAGAGAUGUUCCUUGGACUGUUAGUAAGAGCAAUGAAGAAUGACAUAAAUAUGAGGAGAGUAUCCGCCUUUUCGAAGCGUCUCAUGCAGGUUGCACUUCAGCGGCCUCCUCAAUAUGCUUGUGGAUGCCUCUUUCUAUUAUCGGAGGUUCUUAAAGCAAAGCCACCUUUAUGGAGAGUGAUACUGCAGGACUCCAUUGAUGAUGAACUUGAACAUUUUGAAGACAUUCUUGAGGAGGAACAAAACAUGCCUCCUGCGAAGAAUGCAACACUAAACAGUUCUGUCGCACAAAAAGGAAAAAUAUCACAACAGGAUUCCGAUUCUGACAAGGAAAACAAUCUGAACAAUGGUCCCAACGCAAGAAGUGCUAAUGAUCGUGCUGCAGAGGAAGCUCAAUCACAUCACAAAGGAUCAUCAUUGCCUGGUGGUUAUGAUCCACGGCACAGAGAACCAGUUUAUUGCAAUGCAGAUCGGACAGGCUUGUGGGAGUUGACAAUCUUAGCUUCUCAUGUGCACCCAUCUGUGGCAGCUAUGGCGAAGACACUACUUUCUGGUGAAAACAUAGUUUAUAAUGGCGAUCCUUUGAAUGAUUUGUCACUAGGAGCAUUUCUUGACAAGUUAAUGGAAAAGAAACCGAGGCCUAAUAAGAAAGCAGAGGGUAUAUGGCAUGGUGGAUCGCAAAUCGCGCCAACAAAGAAGCUUGACACGGGUCAUCAUUUGAUUGGGGAAGAAAUUCUAAAGCUAGCAGAGGAAGAAGUACCACCCGAAGAUGUGGUCUUCCACCGCUUCUACAUGAACAAAACAAGUUCUUCCAAAAAGCUGAAGAAGAAGAAGGCAGCCUCAGCUGACGACGAGGAUGAGGGUGCAGAUCUACUUUUCGAUGAAAAUGAGGAGGAAGAUGGGGAAGAGGAAGACGAUGAAGAGAUUGACAACAUGCUUGGCGCAGGGCCUCUUCCUUUGGGAGAGGAAGAAGGAGAAUUUGACUACGGUGAUCUUAGCCGUGUUAUUGAAGAAGAUGAUGAGGACUUGCUUGGACAUGGCAGUGAUGCAGAAGAUGAACAGACAUCUGAUGCUGCUGCAGAUGACAAUGAUGUUGAGGAGGAGGAAAAUGGGGAUGCUAGUGAUAUUGAAGUUUGGGGAGCUGAUACAUACGGAGAUAAUGGUGAUGACAAUGAUAAUGGAAAUAAAAAUCCCACUUAUAAUGGGAGGAAGAAGAUGAAGUCUGCAAAGAAGAACAGACCUUCUCCAUUUGCAAGCCUUGAAGAUUUUGAGCAUUUAAUGGCUGAUGAUACAAGCGAGAAAAUGGCUGAAAAUAAUGGCAAGAAGUAUAAAUCCAAAUUAGACAAGAAGAGAAAACGCACAAGAUACGUUUGAUUUGUAAAACCUUAUUCGGUUAUCCUACAGCUCCCUGUGAAAGCCUCCAUUUGCAAUUUUUUGUAACUUUAUCAUUAGAAAUGUUUUAUUAAAUGAAUUUUUGCAGGCAUUGUUGAAAAUGCUUCAUUUAUCCUUGUAGAUGCUUGUUUUGUAUAUAGAUUUG